AUGUCGACGGGGCAGGAAGGGGACGCGAGCGACUUGUCAUCGACCCUCAAGAAGCUGGACAGGAAGAAUCUCCAAGUGGAUCCUCUUGCGGGCACGAGAUGGCUGCUCAAACUCGACAUCGGCAGGGAGCCAGGCACUUGGAUGGACGCGCGUUGGGGCGCUAGCGGCCAACGAGUCAGGGUGGCCAUUGCAGUAGAGAUGCAGAGAGACGGGUCCGUUCGCCCGGUCGAGUAUCAGUACGGGUUGCUCAGGACGCUGACAACUCCAGAAGGCUCCUCCUUUAGAGUGAAAGGAUCGUUCCCGAAUGAGGUGUUGGAGUUCUCAAUCCGACAUGGCGGGCUCCCAGAGAGCAAGACCGGAUGUGAUGUUAGCUUGCCGGAAGGAGAGAUUUUCAUGAGCAUCGGGACGCUGGGGAACAAGCUUGGUUCGCGUGGGAGGAUGUCGAUCGAGCAGUAUCGGUUCUUUGUGAGACGGGAGCGGAGGAUAGUGGGGACUUUCACUGCGGAGAGGAUUGAUUGA